CACAAAUUAAAUGCUUUUGUUUUCACAUAUAUAUUUUGAGUUGGCUUCAAUAAACUUAAUGGUUGAAACACUCUUGCCUAGUUGUAUUACUAAAGUCGAUGUAUGUCCAAGAAGAAAUAUCGCAAGCUUAUUUAAUAUACACCGUGAUACCCGGUAGCCUAUUCUUUGGUUAUAUUCUCCUCCUAAUCACUUAUCAAAUCAAUCUUCUCGCUUUAACUUGGGUAUCCAUUACCUUAGUCAAUAGCCUAUAUUGUUGUAUGAUAUGGGUCUAGACUAAUCACAACAUAAGAAAGAUCCGUCUUUAUCAUAUUUACGUCCUUCAUACCCUUCUUCUUUAGUUAUUAUACAAGGUAUAUUAACUCCUGUAAAACCCAGAAUUUUAACUGUUUCUUUGCUGAAUGACUGUUUAA